AUGGCAGCAAAACCCCUCCUGAAGUCGGGGCUGAGAAAGGCGAUAGGCUCUGGCUAUAAUACUAGAGUCUGGGAUGAGUCAUGGCUUCCCACAAGCCCCCCACGUCCGCCUACUGGGGUAAGCCCGAUCCAAAAACCAAAUUUACUCGUCCAUGAGCUCGUCGAUCGCAACUCCAAGAAUUGGAACUUGGAUUUGUUGAAAGCUUUGAUUGUCCCAGAAGAUAUCCCAUUGAUAUGUAGCCUGCGGAUUAGUAAAGCUUUCAAGGUAGAUAGCUACUGCUGGGUUCAUACGAAAUCCGGAAUGUACUCCGUCAAAACUGGAUAUGAUGAGAUGUGUCGACUGACAGAGGAACUUCCUACAGAAUACUGCUCAGAACCUAGCAUUACCGGUUUAACUCAACAGGUGUGGGUGAGCAAAACUGUGCCAAAAAUAAAGCACUUCAUGUGGUAA